AUGGCUUUGUUAGAUUUACCAUCAGAUACCCUAGUCAAGGUGCUUGGAGUUUUAGAUACCCGUGAUUUAUUAAUAAUUGCGUCCUUCGCCAAACACCUGGCCAAAUUGCAAGAGACUCUAUUUCACCUUACUCCUCUGCCAGUUAUCUUAAAAGUUGAAACAAUACCACCCAAUAUUUUUACUUCUCAAGGAGCAGAAUCCACAAAGGAUAUAACAUUAGUGCAUUCUUCUAUCCAUCCCCAGGCUAUUCCUUACGAAGAAUCGCUGAAUAUUUUCUUUGAUACCAUCAAAUACUUUAACAAUACAAGAGAACGGAAAGUAACCUUACAAUUCAGACUAAAUAUAAAUGAUGACAUGAGUUGCAUAGAAGAGUUAUUAAUCAGAACUGAAAUGUUGAUUCAAUAUAAUUUUAAAUUUCUGUUUUCGAUGUUUAGAUUCAUUCACUAUAGAGAAACAUCAAUAUUUUCACUUCCUAACCAAGAAUUAGAAAAAUUCAAUUGGUCAGAAGUAACUUUUACAACUACAGGAUUUGAUUACCGUCACAAAUACGAACCCUCAUUCUAUAAAACUAAUGUAGAAAAUAUUCCACCCAUUUCAAUUUCUUGGUUAAAGAAUAGUACUGAUUUAGAAUAUUUACAUAUAGGAGAAAGAUAUAAGAUAGAAGGUGAUUUAGAGAGCUUGUCCUUCAAAAAAUUAAAGAAAGUAAAAUUUGAGAGCUUGGAUAGAAUGACUUGCCAAUCUUUCACUCAGUUUCUUAGUAAUAAUAGCGAGGUAAUUGAAGACUUACAUGUGAAACAUUAUUUUAAGUCUUACAAUUAUUAUGCGAUGCAUAAUUUAAAACGAUUAGAAUUGAUAGCAUUUAAGUAUUAUGAAUUUGAACCCUUUGCGUAUUUAUUUGAUCGCCAAAUCGAAAUUGUUGUUAAGGGUAGAGGUAUGGCAUGUGUUUUAAAAGAAUGUAAGAGAAGAAAAUCUGAAAGGAAAUAUCCCAAUAUAACUGUUGCAGAAUUCAAACCAAAUCAAUCACUAGUUGAACAAGCCAAGAAAGAAUUUGGAAUUAACUUUGUCCCUUGUCCAAAACUGGAUCACUUUCCUUGGGUAAUUUUAUAA